CAACUUCCCCCCAUUUAUUCCCCCCAUCCUGUUCACUUCAUUCAUUCUUACCUCCUGCCUCCCAUUGCUCGGUGUCCUGCUGAACCCCCCAAGUCGACAAGCGACUCUGCCUCCAAUCAUGUCAACCAAGAAGAUCGAGCAGUGGGAAAUCGAACGGUACUGGGAGAUCUUCGCAUCGCUGGCAGGCGGCCAGCCGCGUUUGAACAACUCCCAAGCGGCCUCGGUACUCAGGAACAGUCGGCUUCGUGAUGACCAACUGGAAAAGGUCUGGGACCUGGCAGAUGUUGAUGGUGAUGGCGAACUGGACUUUGAGGAGUUCUGUGUUGCCAUGCGAUUGGUGUUCGACCUUGUCAAUGGGGAACUACAAGCAGUGCCAAACGUUCUUCCGGAUUGGCUUGUGCCCGAAUCCAAAGCUCAUUUAGUUCAUGCGACCCGGGCCCUGAGCGGUCGUCCAGAGCAAUUCGAACGGAUAGAAGACGAGGAUGACACUCCCGGCUUGAAAGAUGGCUUUGAAUGGUACAUGAACCCAUCCGAUAAGUCUAAAUACGAAGAAAUCUAUCUCGCGAACAAGAACCACCGCGGGGAGAUCUCCUUCGAAUCGUUACAGCCUCUUUACGACUCCCUUGACGUCCCGGACACAGACAUCCGCUCUGCAUGGAACCUAGUUAACCCUUCUGCUUCCCCGACCAUCAACAAAGACGCUACGCUUGCAUUCUUGCAUAUGCUUAACUACCGCCACGAGGGCUUCCGCAUUCCCCGCGCCAUUCCUGCAUCCCUGCGCGCUUCGUUCGAGAACAACCAGAUCGACUACCAAGUCGACAAUGCCCGUCCCGCCCAGAAAUGGGGCGCAAGCGGCGAUACGGAGACCCUCACGGGCAAGAAAGCCAAGUUCGGAGAUACCUACUUGAGUCGACUGGGUGCCGGAGGAAAGACAUCCUAUACACCCAAGGGCACGGAUUUCAGCGACACCAUCCAGGAUGAAGAGUGGGAGAAGGUCCGGUUGAGGCGCGAGCUGGCGGAGAUUGAGUCCAAGCUGGAUUCUGCUAGAAAGGCCUCUGAAGGACGGCGCGAUCGACCUCGGAACGACGGCCGGCCCAACUGGGUGUUGAUCAAGAAAGAAGCACUGCAGCUGCUGGAGUACAAGGAGCGGGAGCUACGGGAGCUGCGUGAAGGCGCGGGCCGAUCCAAAGACGGCCAGAACGUAGAACGUCUCAGAGAUGAUGUCAAGACCGUUGGCGAGCAAGUCGAAGGUUUGAAGAGCCAUCUGGCGCAACGGAGGGAGGUGCUCUCUGAUCUGCGGGCACAGGUCGAAGAGGCAAAGUUGUCCCGGUAAUCAUCUAAUCUAUUCCUCGUUCGACUUGCCUUUCCCUUUCCUUGCUUCGUUUUCUUGAAUAUACUUUUCACCUGGGUUGCUUUCUGGUAUUUCCUUCUUGCCGUGAGGGGUCUACGCUCACGAGCUUUGCUAUCGUGUUGUUGUCGUUGUAUAGCCAUUUUCUUGGCGAGGAGCAUCAGGCGCUUAAUGGAUUGAUUCGUGUCUCGUGUGUUUAUUUUCAUGCAUGCUUCGCUUCCACUAGAGGUGUGAUUUGUUCCAACUCAUUU